UAGGUAGUCGUGAGGCGGCGUUCGUCUACAGCAUCUCGUCGGCAGGGGUCGUGCACUCCGUCACGCGCGCAUGCAGCAAAGGUCACCUUCUCGACUGCGCAUGCGACCCUUCCAAGAUGGGACCGCACCGAGACCGUAAGGGAGAGUUCACGUGGGGAGGCUGCAGCGACAACGUGCGAUACGGAAGCCAGUUCUCUCGCAUCUUCAUCGACGCCAAGGAGAAGAAGCAGAAGGAUGCGAGAGCGUUGAUGAAUCUCCAUAACAACCGCGCAGGCAGAAAGGUACAGCAGCGCCACCGCCUGGCGCCCCAGUAUCGUCACCUCACGCAGGAGGGCUCCUCUCUCAUCCUCGCCUCCCACAUCAAGAAGAAGCCGACCAAGCUGGACCUGAUCUUCCUCGAGGAGUCCCCGGAUUACUGCGUGCAGAGCCACGUCACAGGUUCUAUCGGCACUGCGGGGAGGGAGUGCGUCCGCGACGCGGAAGGUCCAGAGGGCUGUCACAUCAUGUGCUGCGGCCGCGGCUACGACACGAAACGCGUGCUGCGCAAGACGAAGUGCGAGUGCAAGUUCCACUGGUGCUGCUACGUGCAGUGCCGCGAGUGCGAGGAGUGGGUCGACGUCCACACGUGCAAGGCGCCCAAGGACAACUCCCGAUACUAGCGGCGCCAUCUAGCGGCGUGAAAUCGCUGCUGUUUCACUGAUCUCUAUAAUACUAACUUAUAUAUAUAUAUAGUUUACAUAUAUAAGUUAGUAUGUAGUUAUCAGUUAGUACGUAGAGAUCAGUGUGCUGCGCCUCGCGGCCGAGCAGCGCCCUCUAGCGGGAGGAUGAGUUGAGAUGAGUACUUUGCAGACGAUUUGGUUAAUGAGGUCGCAUGGCUGGUGCACUGUUAGAGCAUAUGUGCACACAGGCACUUGCAUUAGAGUAGAGCACUAGGUCGCAUCUAGCAAUAGACCGUAUAUCAAGAGGGCACUGAUGGUGUAACCCAAAUCUCAUUUCUCACUAAAUAUCUGAACCUCUUUUCAAUUCCUAGUGAAUUCCAAUUUAUAACUCGAAUUUAAUUAAUUUGAUGAGACGAGCCGAAAACUAAGAGGCUAAACAAGCCGCAUAGAAUUCACGGGGGAAAAACGACGAAAUUCACGGCAAGGAAUUAGGUGUCUGCACAUAAUUUCUAGAAGGAAAGCCUAGAAGGAAGAUAAUCUCUAGAAGGGAAUCAUGCAUUGCGUUUGACUGAAAAUCACGAGUAACGCUAAAAAACAUUUUUUUACGAUAACUCUAAUCUAUACGACAGUUUCCCAUUAACACCCUCCACCAAGACUCGAUUCCAUAGUACCAUAUAUAUAAUUAUUAAUAUAUAUAUAUAUAUAUAAUGCUAUAUUAUUCGGGCUUCUUGUCCGUAUGCAGGCCUACUGCUUAGCAAGCGUGAGACUGCAUGCAUGCACUAGUCACUGCGAUAUCGUUUAUAGAUUCACAACUAGGCCUAAUAACCCGCACGUGUAACACACUAGCAGCACAAAAUAUAUCAUCGAAUCAUGUAUCAUAGUAGUGAUAUAUUUUCGCUGGCCGUUAGGUGACGUUAGCGUAGAGAGAACGUUAGUGCUUUAAUGCAGUGGUUCUUAACCUUUUUUGAGUCAUGGCCCCCUUUGAGAAACUGGUAAAAGCUACGGACGUCUCCCCAGAAAAAUGCACAUAAGCACAUAAACACAAUAAUGUUUAUGUGCCUGGUUCACGGACCCCCUGAAGCCCA